AUGGUGUUCGAUCCAAGAACUUUGGAUCAGCCAAAGGAUAUCAGCGCCUACAGAGAUCAGAGAUAUCAGGGCUCCGUUCGCGACCAAGAAUUGGCUCUCCGCACCUCUUGCACACUGUACGUCGGAAAUUUGUCAUACUACACGAAAGAGGAUCAAGUGUACGAGUUGUUCGGACGUGCCGGCGACGUCCGACGCGUCAUUAUGGGUCUCGAUCGAUUCAAGAAGACGCCGUGUGGAUUUUGUUUUGUCGAAUACUACACCCGCGAGGACGCCGAACUCGCUCUCCAGAACAUCUCGAACACUCGAAUGGACGAUCGUGUGAUUCGCGCCGAUUGGGACGCCGGAUUCGUCGAGGGACGUCAGUAUGGUCGAGGCAAACACGGUGGACAAGUUCGUGACGAGUAUAGAAAGGAUUACGAUCCGGAGAGAGGAGGAUACAAUCGAGCGAUCGCUCAGAAAAGUAUGGUGGAAUGA